AGGAUUACAAAAAUAAGUCGGCGGAAAUGUACUGUGUAAACAAUAUUAAAUAGUGAGUUUGUUAGUAUUUGUUUUGAAAUUUGACCUUUUUUUUUUAAUAAUUUGUGUAUUCAAAUAUCAUUUUGUUUUAUUUUGUCAAAACUAUUAUUAAAUGGAAAGUUUUAUUAACUGGUUUGAAAGUAUUAAAUCCGACUUUUGAAAGUAAAAGCUGUUUCUUUUUACGGCUGCGUUGAACGAAGGAAAGAAGUUUGUUGAUGCUUUUGAAAUAUUCUAAAGUUUAAUUUUUUUCCCCUUGAAAAAAUGGCAUUAAAGGAGAGAACGGUAUCUGUGAAUUUCUGUUGCCAGAGAUGCUGCCAACCCUUGAAGUUGCAUCCAACGUUUAGGGAUUUAGAUUCUCAAACGAUAUCAGAGUUAUCUAUGCCACUUCAUCCUAACAAUGAUCGGGAAAAUAGAAAUUAUCUAAUAGAAAAUUUCCAGAAGCAGUUGGAUGAAAGUAGCGUUAUGAGAAAAAUAGUUCUACCUGUCAAGUUUGCUGAUGCAAGCAGUGAUUUUAUGGUCAUAGAUGAAUUCUCUAAUUUACCCUUGGAUAGUAAUCAAACUUUAAGAGUUUCUGCUGCUCUGUUUGAUAUUAUGUCUGAUCAGUCUGAUGUGGAUCAUCCAUUAUGUGAAGAAUGCACUGAUAACUUAUUGGAUCAAAUGGACCAGCAGUUGAGAAUCGCUGAAGAAGAAUGCAAGGAAUAUAGGGAUUUUCUUGAACAUCUUGAAAUGGGAAAUGAAGAGGAUGAUCUGGAGAAGUUGAAGACCGAGUUAUCUAGUCUUCAAACGGAGGAAGCUGAUCUAGAGGCAGAACUGUCUCAUAUGGAGUCGAAAGAAGAAGAAAUGAAGAAAGUUCUUAAAACGUGCGAAGAUGAAUGGGAAUCUUUGCAGAGGGAAGAAGAAAAACGCUGGCAAGAAUACUGUCGUGUACAACGACAACUACUACAGGCUGAAGACAGUCAACGUAGUGUUAAUAAUCAACUUAGAUAUGCUCAAGCACAAUUAGACAAACUGAAUAAAACUAAUGUGUUUAAUGCCACUUUCCAUAUCUGGCACAAUGGCCAUUUUGGAACUAUAAACAAUUUUCGUCUUGGCAGAUUACCCACAGUACCUGUGGAAUGGCCUGAAAUCAAUGCAGCCUGGGGCCAAACUGUUUUGUUAUUACAUUCCUUAGCGAAGAAGAUUAAUCUUACAUUUGAGCGUUAUCGUCUUGUACCCUAUGGUAACCAUUCCUACAUAGAAACCCUUGAAAAUAAGUCCAAAGAUUUGCCUUUGUAUUGUUUCGGAGGCAUUCGUUUCAUGUUGGAUCAUAAGUUUGAUCUUGCAAUGGUUGCAUUCCUCGAUUGCUUACAGCAAUUCAAAGAGAAAGUUGAAAGUGGAGAUGCUUCUUUUCAUUUGCCUUAUGCAAUGGAUAAAGGCAAAAUAAUUGAUAAAAGUUCUAAAAGCUCGUACUCAAUUAAAGUGCAAUUUAAUUCUGAAGAACAAUGGACAAAAGCGCUUAAAUUUAUGUUAACUAAUCUAAAAUGGGCUUUAGCUUGGGUUUCCACUCAAUUUCAUGAUAAUAAUCAAAGUCAAUUUUAAGUAUUAUCUUAAACGUCUUUUAUGCUUCCUGUGUUGAAUAAUGUAUGUGUUAUGGCAUAAGAAUGUUAGAAAUUAUUUAAAUCUAAUUGAAUUUUGUACUCAAAAAUAUUUAUUUAUUCAUUAUAAAAUACAAUAAUUGCUCGAAUGCUUUUUCUGAAAUUACCAGCUUUAUUUAUGUAUUUAAAUUACAAUGUAUGAGCAAUGGAUGAAAGCUUUUUGUUAAAUGAAUAAAGUUGUUUGUUAUAAGUUU